AUGACCAUCGCAGCACGGAAUGGUCAUCUGAAGAUUCUUCAGCUUUUUGUUGAAAAUCUGCCUUCAAUCAUUACAAAUUCUGCUCGAUCUUGGUAUCUUCUGAUGCACGCGGCCCUACGUGGUCAGUUACAUGUAGUCAAGUUCCUAAUUGGUCAGGGUGUCCCAGUGAUCCAUGUUGACAAGUCAGCGCGUACUAGCUCGAUUGUUGAUGCUGCAGUUUUAAAGGGCCAUUUGCCGGUGGUUAAAUAUAUAAUCGAGGAGAUUAAAUUCGCGGAUCGAUCACACAAUUCGGCAGAUCCUCUUCUUUGCCUUGCCACACACGCUGGUCAUUUGGAUAUGGUCAAAUAUCUGGUCAAAUGCGGUGCUUCCUUUACUUGCCAACACUUCUACCCUUUUCGUGGCUCGGCCUUCGACAUUGCCAUGGACGAGGGCUGGGCAGACAUAGCAUCAUUCUUCCUAGGCAAUGCAACUCUAGAAGAUCUAGAUAUCAUAACUACAAGCGGCUGGAAAUGGAUGUCGAAACCUUGUAGCCAGGAUAAAUUCGGACAUAUAUUCUACCCAUCUCCAUGGAAAAAGCCAUCCAUUGCCCAUAUGAUAUUGGACCGAGUCGAUCUGGAGAAACAACUGACAACAAUUACUCCACUCGAGCAGGCCUAUCUGCUUGCAGUGGCGGCAGAGACUGGAAACAUGCCUCUUAUUCAACGACUACUUGACAAGGGGUGUAGCCCUGUCUUGUCCGAAUUGAAAUAUUCACCAAUGACCCGUGCAUUGAAUGAUGGGCACGUCGAAAUUGUGGAGACUCUUUUACGCUGCCCAGAGUAUCCCAUUUCCGAGCUGGACGUUCAGUCUGCGGCGAAGAAGGGAAAAACAGCCAUUGUGCUCGGGCUUCUGCACAAAGUGGAAAAACCGGAUUUCAAAAAAUUUGCCAAAAUUGCAUUGGAUGCAGCUCUCUACCCCGACAAAUUCAUGCCUGUGAUGUCCAGUGUUCUUGAUAUUCUCAGCGACCAAGAUGUGGAUACUUUGAUUUCAAUGGUAACAAGCUCCAGUGGUCAUCAAGCUUCGCGUAAAGGUCACUUGGAAGCUACCAGCUUUUUGCUUGAGAAAACGGCCAAGCAACCAUUCGACACGAUACCAAAAUGCCUUGACAUUCUCAGACAAGGUUCAGAAGAGCCUACUUCAUUGCUGGAGCACGCGGCAGCCGUUUGCCCAGUUGCUCAAUUCCAAGUAGCACUUGCGCAUUGGAGACUCGAGCUGGAUCCAGACAACGAUGAUUGCAAAGCCGCUCUUGUUGCCGCAGUCCUAUGCAAGAAUAAAGAAACUAUUCAAUUGUUUAUUGAGAAAGGGUUUUAUGUCACUUCUAAUUACAUACACCGUGGGGAGCUCUUGCCGUUGUUACAUCUAGCCGUGGAAACAUUGAAAGAUGGCGAGGGCACGGUCAUUGAUUGGGAUGACUGGGAUAACGAACAAGAAGUGCGAGGACGACAGUUUCAUUAUCCCAAUGGACGUCCACGGUUGGACCACAUACAUCCACGCUCAUCAAUUCAAUUGCUCGUCGAGCAUGGCGCAGAAAUCAAUCAAGUGGACGCAAAUGGCCGAACCGCUCUGUUUUUAACUAUAGAAAGAAACAACCUCGUCUUGACAAAGGAACUUCUCAGACUGGGAGCCAACCCCCUGCUCAAAACGUCGGCAAAUGUCAGCGCUCUCGAGCUGGCCAUUUCAAAGUGCCAAACAAAGCACGUGAAGGCAUUUUUGAAGGCUAUUGAGAUUCAUUCUUUCACAUGUGACAACUUUAGUAGCCUCAAUCCUGACGUUCUGCCACCGGAGAAGCUGCCGAACAGAGCUCCUACAUGUGCAAGCGCUCAAUUUCAUAUUUUUGCGACCGAUUUUCUUUCGGUAGAAGGAAUCAUUGCAAGAAAUGGAUGGAUGGAUCAACCUCGGGGAUCACGAGUUCCAGUAUGGUGUCGGAAAUCGCCGCAGAACUGGGAGGAGAUUUUGGAGGAGAGCUCUGAGGAAAGUUCAGAGGAGGACUCGGAUGAAAGCUCGGGUGAAGGCUCGGAUGAAGAAUGGGAUAAUUAUUCGGUGAGUUUGCAGAAGGAGGGUACCGAGGAAGAUAACUUUGUACCAAUUUGGUCUGCAACCAAGGAUGAUGACAGUAUUAGCGAUCCUCGCUGGGCGCGAUUCUUCAUCGCAAAGGCCAUGACCUAA